AUGGAAGUCUAUAUCGACGACAUGCUCGUCAAAUCACAGCAUUCAAAGGAUCAUAUCACUCAUCUAAGACAAUGCUUCGACACCCUGAACAAGUACGGGAUGAAGCUGAACCCGGCCAAAUGCACAUUUGCAGUUAAAUCCGGUGAAUUCCUUGGAUAUCUGGUAACUAGGCAAUGCAUCGAGGCGAACCCAAAGCAAAUUAAAGCGAUCAUCGAUUUACCAUUGCCAAAGAAUGCCAGAGAGGAGAAGCCGAACCAACACCCAUCGACCCUUCAGACGACCGAUGGAUCCUGCACGUGGACGGUGCAUCCUCUCACCUUGGGUCGGGAAUUGAUUCGACUAACUUUGCCGACCGGAGAAAUUUUGGAGCAAUCCUUCCGUCUUCGAUUCCAGGCAACCAACAACGUCGCCGAGUAUGAAGCACUCAUUGUCGGGCUUAGGCUCGCCAACGGAAUGCAAAUCAAGCGAAUACGAGCUUUUUGCGACUCUCAACUCAUCGCCAACCAGUUCAGCGGUGAGUAUGAUACCAAAAGCGAACCCAUGGACGCUUACCUUGACGUCGUUAGGAUUUUGUCCAAACGCUUUGACGAGUUCGAGCUCAUCAAAAUCCCCAGAGGAGAUAACGUCCCGGCCGACGCUUUAGCAGCACUCGCCUCAACGUCGGAUCCCGAUCUUCAACGAAUUAUCCUGGUCGAAAGCAUUGAUACGCCAAGCAUAGGUAAAACGCACACCGAAACAUGCCUUGCUCUUCACCAGCCCAACAAAAUCCGGACAACCUAUCGGACAAUGAGGUCACGCCGAGGAUGCGAACCUCCAUCAGAAAAUGACGUGACGGAUUGGCGAGUUGAAAUCCGUGCAUAUGUCGCUGACGGCGACGUACCGACAGACAAAUGGGCCAGACAAAGAUUAAAGGCCAAGGCCGCCCGCUACACCCUGAUGAAAGACCAUUUACUUCGAUGGACGGCGUUAGGAGCCAUGUUACUUUGCAUACACGGCGAUGACACCGAGCGCGUCAUGAUGGAGACUCACGAGGGAGCUGGAGGAAACCACUCUGGUGGCCGAGCCUUAGCACUACGAAUCAAGAAGCAUGGUCAUUACUGGCCGAUUGCGAAAGCUCCUUACCCUUUCAUGCGCUGGGCAAUGGACAUCAUUGGCCCGCCACCGACCUCUAGACAGAAGCGGUAUAUACUCGUCCUCACUGAUUAUUUUUUCACCAAAAUGGUCGAAGCCGAGUCUUACGCCAACAUCAAGGCCAAGGACGUCCAACUCUUCGUCUGGAAGUAUAUAAUUUGUCGCCAUGGUCUCCCCUACGAAAUAGUCACUGACAACGGGUCGCAGUUCAUCUCCAUGCAAUUCAAAAAAUUUUGCGCACGGUGGCGAAUCAAAUUGAGAAAGUCGACGCUGAGGUAUCCACAAGGAAACGGCCAGGCUGAAGCAACAAAUAAAACCAUACUCGAUGGCCUGAAGAAAAGAUUGGACGCCAAGAAGGGUGUUUGGGCGGAUGAACUUGACGGAGUACUCUGGUCCUACCGAACAACCCCGAGGACGUCAACUAACCAAACCCCAUUCUCCCUUGCUUAUGGGAUGGAAGCAAUGGCACCCGCUGAGAUGCUCACGGAUAGACUCGACGAGUUGGAAGAAGAACGAGACAAGGCGCUCCUACGAAUCCAGAACUAUCAGCUCGCCGCAGCAAAAUAUUACAACAAGAAAGUCCACAACCGGCAUUUCGACAAAGGGGAUCUCGUCCUCCGUAAGGUCUUCGAAAACACUGCCGAGCCAGAUGCCGUAAAAAUGGGAGCCAAUUGGGAAGGCCCAUACCUAGUAUUAAAGGUCGUUCAUCCCAGCGUGUACGAACUCUUGACAAUGGGCGGCGAACCAGUGCCGAGGUCUUGGAAUUCGAUGCAUCUAAAGCGCUACUACUACUAA